AAAGUUUUAAAAAAUAAAAUUCUAAAUCCUUAAUUUCAAAAGAGUCCCUUAAUUAAUUAUUUUUUAUUUAUUUAGGAUUGUUCACUAAUUAUAUGGCAAUUAAAUAUAAAACAAAAUAAAUAUGUCGAAGAAAGUUCAGGGUAAUGACUCAUUUCAGAGAAUAAAUUAUCUUUAUCAAAUAAGUAAACAAAUGUGUACGAAAAAUCCAGGAUUGUCGUCUUACUACGGUAAUCUAAUAGUAAAUAUUGCUAAGAAAAAUGUUUUGAAAAUACAUCCAGACAUAAAACGACAGAUAUGUAAAACAUGCCGCUGUAUGCUCAUAGCUAAUGUUACAGCGAAAACAAAAAUAAGAAGUAAGAAAAAAUCAAAGAUCAUAGAGUGGACAUGCAACACUUGUGGGGCUAAACGCAGUAUUCCAGUAGAAAAGAAUAAAGAUUAUAGUCUAUGGGUGGAUAGACCAGAGGCAGUUGUUGAAGUGAUUAAUUAAAUAAAAGAGAAAAAUAUAA